AUGGUAAAACGCAAAACGGGCGCCGCAGACGACGGGAAACGAGGGGGAGACGGGCCUGGAGGUGAUGUAGACGACGUCCCAGUGAAACGGCUGCGACCGAGAUGGAUAGCCAGGCGCAUAUCAUCAGAGGACACGUACCUAGCGCCCUACAUCAGCGCUGAUAACUCUCCGUCGCAGCCAUCUGUUGCAGCUACGUUCACGAUUAGGGGAGAGGACCUCGACUUGCUGGGCGGCCCUUCCAGUGACCGUCAGCGACGGGCUUCAAGCGCUUCGCAGCUUUAUGAUGGGGAUGAGUUCUUCGCUGAAGUCGUUGCAUUGGUAGCUAGGGGUGGCGAUCAGGAGGAAUCUUCUUACCAACAAUCGGCUGGCGGCGACAGCGGGUGUGGCGCGUCGCCACCAGGCGCCUCCGGCAAUCGGGUUAGUGAUGCUGAUCCAGACGGUGCGUGCGCUACAUAUCGCAAUGAUGUCAUCCGCCAGCAUGAUGCAUCAGCACGGCAGGCAUCCAGCGAUGACGAUGUCAUAAUCAUGGCAAAUUGGCCAGGCCAAGACUUGACCAGGCAGGUUGAGCAAUCUUCCGACAUACAGCAGGGUCAAGAUCAAAGUGGGGAUAGUUACGAGAAUAAUAACGCAACUGGACAUAUCGCAGAUGAUGGAAACACAAGCGGGACCGAGGAGUAUGGGCAUGGAAAUGCCGCAGAACAGAGCACUGAGGGGGUCGAUCCACAGGGCAGCGAAAGUGAUUGCGAAAUCAUAGGGAUAGUGCCAAACCGACACGGCGUGGUGAUGAAUCAUCGGGUCGUACCCACGAUGCGAGGAUCGCAAAUAGGGCAGCGACGCAAUGGCAUGGGCGCCUUCACCACAGGUGCAUACCAACAGCCGGCCAACCAAACUCAUACAGCAAGACCUCACAAUGACCAAACAACUGUAGAUGCCGGAAUAUACGUGCUAGACACGAUGGUUGAAGCACGGGGGGCAUCGUCGCACGUACGUCAGACGUAUGCCUCUAACGAAAAUCGGCCCAUUCCGCAAUUGCAGGGCGAUGAUAACAGGCGUAUAUCGCAUGUAUAUGACGCUCAUAUGGGAUCCCAGGUGAACGCGACACAUCAAAACCAAAACGCGCAAGAUGACGACCUCAUCGUUGGGCCGAUAUUUUGGGGGCCACCUGCGGCAACACAGUAUCCAAGGCAUUACCACGCAAAUUCAAAAGCCAUGGUUAGCGCAUACAGCUUCGUGGAGAAUGAUACGCGCAAUACUGACCCCAAUUCAUUAUUGGAAGACAUCGAAUUCCUUUUCAGAUGUCCCAUAUGCUACUCAACCAUCGCAAGGUUCAAGUCCGGGAAAAUGCCGAACGAAAACGACAGAAUCAUAUACUCAACGAAGUGUGGGCAUAUGUAUUGCUUCGAGUGUAUGGACGGGGUCAAGAAAAGACGAGAAUGCCCCAUCUGCAGAAAACCGAUAAGGGACUCCAAGCAGUACCAUGUGAUAUACCCCUAA